AUAAUAUUUAACCAUUUGAAAUAUUGCACGUGUUGUAUCGCACAGUAAAUUUUAGCGUAAAUUGAGAAAUACACCAAUUUGUUUCCCAAAAAUAAACUAAUUUAAAAAUGCCACGCUCCAAAAGGGAUAAGAAAAUUUCGUUGACCAAGACUGAUCGGAAAGGGCUGGCAUGGAAACAAAAAAUUAUUGAAGAUAUUCGACACUGUGUUGAAAAAUAUCCAAAUAUUUUUGUUUUUCAAGUUCAAAAUAUGCGCAACAAUCUUUUAAAGGAUCUACGUCAAGAAUGGAAAACAAAUUCUCGAUUCUUCUUUGGUAAAAAUCGCAUAAUGCAAAUCGGAUUAGGACGCACAAAAGCUGAGGAAAUAGAAGUAGAUCUUUAUAAGCUUUCUAAGCGACUGACAGGACAAGUUGGUCUAUUAUUCACAGAAAAAUCAAAGAAAGAAGUCUUGGAGUGGGCAAAAAAGUACUGGGCUGUGGAAUAUGCUCGUAGUGGUUUCAAAGCAACAGAAACUGUUGUGUUGCCAGCAGGUCCUCUAGAGGAAUUCACACAUUCCAUAGAACCACAUUUACGAUCACUGGGAAUGCCAACAAAACUUCAAAAGGGUGUUGUAACGUUGUAUAGUGAUUACACUGUGUGCGAAGAGGGUAAAGUGUUGACACCAGAGCAAGCGAGAAUCUUAAAACUGAUUGCGAAACCCAUGGCCAAAUUUCAAUUAACAAUGAAAUGUUCUUGGACAAAGGAAAGCGGUUUUGAAUUGCAUGUUGAAGAUGAUAUUAAUGACGACGAGGAUAAAACAGACAGUGGCCAAGGCGAUGAUGUAGAGGAUGAAGAAAUGGAUCAAGAUGAGUCAGACAAUGAAGAAGAUGAUGAUGAAGAGUAGUUUAAUUGUAAAUAUAGAUUUAAUUAUUACAUUUUAUUUUAUAAGAUAAAUUUACUGAAUAUAAA